CAAAUGUGGUACUCACAACAAAAAAAAAUUUACUAAGGAAAAGAGAGAGUCUGACCCAAACAUAGCUUAACCACUUGAAACAUCUCAUAUUUUUCCGUUCGAGAUUCAAAUCAUUAUCUCACAUUAGAGAGAGAAAGAGAGAAGAAGAUGUUUUUAGAGAGAGAAAGUGGAGGUUUUGAGAUUUGAAAAAAGCGAAAGGACUGUUAAAUUCAGUUUAGUAAGAGGAGAGAGAGAGAAAUCAUUAAAUUUUGCAUUUAAUUCCACAAACCUACAAAUUUAAUACACACACGAAAUCCCUCACCAAUCCCAUCUUCAUCCCCCACCUUCUUCUCCUCUGAUCUCCUUUAAAUUUCUCUCCAAUGGCUUCCACUACAAAUUCCAAAUCCCUCCUUCCCUUUCCCCAACCCCUGAAUCGCACUCCAAAUCCGCCAUUGAAGCGAGCUUCUCCCGAUUCUCAGGCCCAGAUCCGAUGGGGAAGAAGAAGACGAUCAUGAAGUUUCCUUCCAUAUUCAAAUCCAGAGAUUCCGAGAAGCCAUGGGAAUGGCCCUCCUGCAAGCACCCCAAGACGCUCUCCUUCCGAGCCGCCGCCGGCGACGUCGUUUUCAAGACCGUCAACUCCAUCUUCUUCGACCCGUUCGACGGCCUCGAGACGUCCGACUCGCUGUUCACGAACUCGUCAGAGUCGGCCUCCGCGAGCAACUCGACGGCGACGGAGUCCGGCCGCCACGAGAUCGACGGCCAGUCGCUGGAGACGGUGGUCCGCGGCGCCAGAUCGGAGAGGCUGUUCUUCGAGCCGGACGACACGAGCUCGAUCCUGGAGAAAUCGAAGCCGAAUUCGAAUUCGAAUCCGGAAGCGCGAGGGUUAGGGUUAGGGUUAGGGUUAGGGUAUAAAGAGAGCUUGAUUGUGUCCAUGGAGUCGGAGAAUCCAUACGAGGACUUCAGAAAAUCGAUGGGGGAAAUGGUGGAGAGCCAUGGCGUCAGGGAUUGGGAAGGAUUGGAGGAGCUUCUUGGAUGGUAUUUGAGGGCGAAUUGGAAGAAGAAUCAUGGGUUCAUAAUUGGGGCUUUUGUGGAUUUACUGGUACAAAUUCUUCUGGCUUCUUCCUCGUGUUCUUCAGAUUCAAAUUAUUACACCUGCACUGAAUCUUCUUCUUCGUCGCUCGAUCCAUCGCUUCGGCAGGAGAUUGAUGAGGAAGAUGACGAUGAUGAUGAUAAUAUGACAGAAAUCAUGUAGAAUUUCAGAUUUCUUACUUUUUUUUUUUCUUUUUUGGGGGUUUUAUUUUAAUUUUUUUGUAUUGUAAAUAUUAGUUGCUGAUGGUCAAGGUGAUCGUGAAAUAGGUGGCAGCUUAAAACUUGAAACGUUUGGUUGAAAAUUGAAGCCAAAUAAGAUUUUGAAAAUAGAGACCUUUCAACGCAGUGAUCAAUUAGACACGAAAUUGAUUGUUCUGCUUUUGUCAAA